ACAAGCCUGUCGAUAAUCCCGCGGGACCACUCAUUUUGUGGCCAAUCUUUUUUUGUUGACGUGUUUUUGGCACUUUUCCCGCCGGAUCGCCAGAAAUGUCUGUGUCAAACCCCUCUGUUUUGACUAAAGACCAGCUGAAGCGGGAACUUCGUGAGGCCGGAGUCUCUCUGCCGAGCGGGGACCAGAGGAAAGACGUGUACGUGGAACUGUACAGGGAACAUCUGCUGAAAGGUGGGAGGGGGACGCCAGGCAAAGGCGAGUUCUCCAGCGACGAGGAAGACUCUCUCAGAGGCACUCCAGGACGUGGCAGUGUGAAAAAUAAGGUGUUGAAGAAGACAGCAAAGAAGACAGCGCCCCCAGAAAUGGACGUGACACAGUUGUCUGACAAGGAGCUUGGUGAAAGGCUACAGGAGCUGGGGGCUACUGUGGGCCCUAUAGUCGCGACCACCCGUCGUGUGUACGAGCGGAAGUUGGAGAAACUGUUGGCGGACGGUACAGGCCAGCAGAACGGGUCUCAGAGCGAGUCUGACCAGUACAGUGACAGCGAGGAGGAAGAAGAAGAUGUGGAAGAGCAGGUACAGGCGAGCACACAGACCUCCCCCAGGAUGGAACAGUCCACUGACAGACCUCAGACUGGUGUGAGAAGGCGACCGGCACCGCGGGAGCAGCCCGCAGAUCGACCUUUGACCACUCGUGACCUCCGGGACUCCCCACGGAAGACAAGGGGGACCCCCGUCAAGGAGGCACAAGGGUUACCACCAAAGCCUACAAAGCGUGCAUACCCACCUCCCACCAAGGAGGACCUGAACUCAGAAGACAACCUGCAGAGAAAGCCCCUCCAUCCAGAGGGCGCUGCUGCACAGGAGCCAACCAAGAGCCGCUUCUCCUUCUGGCUGAAGCUGGGGUUCCUCCUGUUCCUCAUCGUGUUGGCCAUCCUGGUGUACAGUGCAAUGGAAGGGCGGCACAUCAGCUCCAUCCCCAAACUACCCUCCAAUGUGUUCUCCAAGGGAGGGAAAAAAGAAGCCGCUAGUCCUGUGUAGUUACUAUAGCAACCAGGUGUACACACCUGCUGCAAGGAUUCUUAGAAAUCUUUUGUAAUUCCACAAAAACCAAACUGACAUUUCGUUCAGGUUUCCUUACAAGUAUUAGUGUUUUUUCACGUCAGUGUCAGGUUUUCCAUGCCCUAACCUUGCAAUACCACAAGUGGUAGUCGAGAGAAUCUUGAAUCCGAUUUUGUAUCAAUAGAUAUUGUGUCCACUUUAUACACCUGUAUAGUUGUUCUAUAGAGAAGUACAUGCUUAGCUUGGAUAUAUGCUCUGCAUGUACAGUUCAGCAUUAUGGAGGGAACUUUGUAAAUUCCUUUAGACUUGGGUCCAAACAGUCAACAAAAUAAGAACAGGUCUUGAAAAUGUGUUCAGUGAAGGUACAUACAUGUAUAUACAU